AUGACCCGGAACUCGAUACCGGUGCCCGGUCCGAGUCCGCUCCGAGUCCCGGCAGGAACUUCCACUCCAAAAGCACAGUCCAAGGCAUGCUACAAUUGCCGCCGGCGCCGGCUCCGUUGCGACCGAUCCGUUCCCUCAUGUCGGAAAUGUUCCACCUCGGGAGAGCAAUGUCUCGGCUACGGCACGGUCCUGCGAUGGGCCAAUGCUCCCGCCGUCCGCGGCAAGCUUGCUGCACCGAUGCACGUAGCUAGAGAGAGAAACUCGGCUUGCGUCCUUACCGAACACGGAACGCCUUCCUUCGUCAAUCGCGCCCUCCUCGAUCCCUUCUUGAACGGCCUCGGUCGAAGAGCAAGACACUAUGUCCAUCACUUCACAACCACCGUCUGCCGCGACCUCGUCUCCGUCGACCAGCCCAACCAUAACCCCUUCCGCACCAUCGUCCCGUUAGCCGGCAACUUCUCCUUCCUCUCCGCCAUCGUCAUCGCCACAGGCGCCAUGCACCUCGCCGCGCUCAACUCCUAUCAAAACCAUCCCACCCGGCCCGAGUUAAUCGACGCCCUCGCCGCCAAGGACAAAGCCAUCCGCCUCCUCCGCUCCGCCCUUGCCGACCACCGUGACAUAACCCCACCACAAACCCGCGCCGUAUUACUCGCCGCGACCGUCUUCUUCAUCAACAUCGACCUGAUCGAUUCCGGCAAGGGCGGGUGGCAGGCUCACAUGGAGGCCGCCAUCGCGCUCAUGUCCAACCUACACUCCGGGAGUUCAAACUUGAAUGCACUGUCCCCGUCGCUUGUGUCUCUGGUCGACGCCAUCGCGGCUGAUUGUCUGACCUACUGCGUGCUGGGGUCAAUCAUCAGCGGGGUGGUCCCGGAAACCUGGGUGCAGCAGGACCUGGCUGCCCGGGGGUUGUUUUCCAUCCUGCGCCGCGCCGAGCCCUACAGCUACCACUGCUGUCCGCCGGAGAUUCUGCAGAUUAAUCUGGCGGCUAGUGGCUUGUACGGGAUUGAUGCUGUCGAGGCUAGGGCUGAAGCCGCUGCGGCACUGCUGCGGCAGGCGAGGGAGUUUGGUAUCACGCAGUGGGUGCACGGCAUCCGCGGGCUGGCGCCGGACGAUGAUCUGGAUGUGCGCGUGAGUCUCGCCUCGGCGCAUCGCGCGGCGGCGUGUCUUUAUAUUCUCCUCGCGGUGCCGGAGGUUACUAUUAGUGAUUUCUCGCCGGAGAUGUUGGUGCAAGAGGUGAUUGAACAUCUGGCCAUGGUGUCGAUUGAGCAUGUGCUCGUCAAGGGCACCGUGUGGCCGACCUUCAUGGCCGGCGCGCAGACAGAUGAUCUGCAGCUGCGAAAGUGGUGUCUUGACCGGAUGCAGGCGCUGGGGGCGAAGAACCCCUGGAUGUGUCCGUGGGGAUAUAUCCGCACGGCCAUCCAGGUGCUGCAGCAUCUCUGGGCCGCGAGGGAUGCCGUGCCGGAAAGGGAGCCGAAGAUCAGUUGGUUGCGUGAGAUCAAGGCGAUGCGGGAUAAGUGCUUGAUUGUGUGA